UCUCCCUCCGAUCUUCCCUAGAUAGCCGCCGGGCGCAAACAUUCUCUUCCUCAACACAACCCAUUACUAUUCCAACUCUCGUCCAUUUUGGCACCUUCUCGCAUUAGCGCGCCGCUCAGAAUGGACCCCGACGGACUGUUGAAGAGGAAGGACACCACCAAGGGCCCUCCCUUGAGGAUACUGAGUCUAGACGGUGGAGGAGUUCGCGGCUAUUCAAUGCUCAUCAUUCUCCAAGAGUUAAUGCAUCGGACAUAUGUCGAAAUCGAAGGGAAAGCCCCGCGCCGUGAACAGAUUCCCAAGCCAUGCGAUCAUUUCGACCUGAUCGUCGGUACUGGCACCGGCGGUUUGAUCGCUAUCAUGCUAGGUCGCCUACGUCUAGACUUGGAACAAUGUAAAGAAUUAUACGUGGAGAUGACGCGCAUGGUUUUUGAGACGGACAAGACGAUUGCCGGCAUCCCCUACCGCUCGACCUUGUUCAAGGCCUCGAUGCUCGAGCACGCUAUCAAGGAGGCUGUAAGGAUGCACACUGUUUCGGAUAACGAAGGCAACGAUAGUAGCACACCAACGAUGGUCAAUCCCCUAUCCGCCGCCUCACGAUCAAGUGCUGGUUCGGGUCCCAGACGGCACCAAAGCAAUGCCAGCACCGUCAGUUUCAGCGCCAGAAGUCCAACUACUCAAGGACGGUCGGCAUUUAGAGGGGGAUCAGGAGACCCGAAUGCGAGAUUAUAUGACUCGCGGGAGAACAGGACCAAAACUACUGUCACAGCCGUUUACAAAGGUACCAACAGAGGAGGGGAGCCCGCACUGUUACGAUCGUACGAUUCGAGAAAGGAACCGGCGCCCGAAUAUGAUUGCAAGAUCUGGGAGGCUGGUAGGGCGACAUCUGCCAUUGGCUUGGCUUUCAAGCCCAUCAAGAUUGGACAAUCAAUAUUCCACGACGAUGGAGCUGGAACUUUUAAUCCAUCUCCAUACGCCUUAGACGAAGCUACAGUAAACGAAUGGCCUGGGCGUGAAGUUGGAGUUUUCAUCAGCGUGGGAACUGGAAAACGUCCAAAGAGCUCGGACCAGAAUCAACACGUCUGGUACGAAGGUUUCAUGGGAGAUUACGCUGAUGCCAGGAGGAAGCUUAUUUCUAAAAUCGAGGGUUGCGAAAUAAUACACGAGCGUAUGAAGAAGGACCUCUUGAUGAAACGGGGCGUCAACAUUGAGAACUACUAUCGAUUCAACGUCGAAGUUGGUGUUGGUGAGUUUGCGAUGAACGAGUGGCAUCGGUUGGGCGAGAUCAGCACUGGCACAAGGAGGUAUUUAAACAGAGAUGCCGAACAGAGGAUGGUUCAGGGAUCAUCCACAAAACUAGCAAAGAUUCAUCGGGCGAAACAACGUUAUGAGAAGCUUGGAAAUGCGCCUGACAUUAUAGCCACUCCUGUAUCUGUCAUGGGCUCUAUUGAUGCCCCCUUAGCAGUUGAGCUCCCGGGAGACAUGCCGACGAGUUUCCCGCCACGCAACACACGUCCAGUGAGUAGACAAUCCUACGAUUCUGGCACCGAUCACCUACCAUUACCCAACACGCCAUCGCCUCGGAGUUCUGGGGAACGCGUUCGCCCCAACAAACGCUCAUCACCGCCUCAGACAACUUCGCGUUACCAACCACCUUCAUCUCCAACUUCUUUAGCCGCAAGUAUCAAUCCGCCGGCGGAUGACGAUCCAGACAGACUUGUGGUCAAUGCACCUACACCAACGCAAUAUCGUCACGCCUCUGGAGCAGAUAAAAUUGCCAUCACUAGCCCCGAUGAGCAUUCACGCAGGCAGCCUGUAUUACAACAUCAGCCUCAUCGCAUCGAGCCACCUCCACUGCCUCCUAAGACACCUUUGCCCGAUGCCCCUGAAAAUACACGACGACGAACAGCAUCGGGUCAAGCUCCGCCACCUUAUCCCCUAGAUGACGUUGGACCACCACCUGCUGUUAAUAUGGCGAGGAAGCCUAAUUUCAGAGGCCGGUGAAGUGCUCACUAUGUGACCGUUCGAAACUAUUUUCAUAUGCAAAACUACGAUAUCAUGCUUUUUCGAAACCUGGUAUAGACCGGAAGACUGAUUCCAGGCGUUGUAGCGGACAAGGAUGCUGUUACCGGGAUGCACGCUUUUGAUCUCUUUAUGACUCGCUCGAAAUACUAUGGACGCGACUAACGAGAUGACGGGUAUGUCUGUUAUAAUGAACUUAAUGAACACUAUGGCCUCAGCUGCGGGCGUCAUUCGCAAUGUCUUGUACUAUCGAUACCCCUUCCUUUCUAAAUAUACUAUUUUAUGACUCACGCUACCCCGGUUUCUGAACGUCAAUGUAUUCUGUAACCCAAACGGAGCUAGCGGGGUUUCGCCAAUUCCGUUGAUGUGGGGGCGUUCAUUAUAUAUAUACGUUCCUGUGAUUCAUCGCCAAAACUGAAAGACUUCGACAUCAGUCUCGACUCACUAUUUUAAAGGUUGACCCUCAAUCUGAAAAGUAUCUGACCAAUUGGGAUCAUGUCGCCAAUUAGAAAAGUUGCGAUCAUCGGGGUAAGUCACAUAGUUUGCUUGUUUAAUUUUCUUGGCGUUGCCCCAAAUCAAACCGAUUCUCUUUGUCCCGGCCCGGCUG